GCCCUGGUUAAAAAAUCUUGUCUACAGUCUGACCGUGGAAGGCACUUCUGGAAUAAAGUUUAAGGAAUCCGCUGAGCUCCUUUGGGUGGAUGUCAAACCUAAUGUCGUAAUAAAACCGGAUAAGAAAUGGUACAGAAGGAGCGAUACUAUCCAUUAUUAUGUGAUGAUUUUAGAUGACAAUUUACGUCCGUUCUUGCUGCCCUAUACCAUAUCUGUUGAAUUACAGCAAAAUAUUGGCGUUCUUCAAGCGAAAGCACAUCCCAAAACCGCAAGAGGCGUUUAUUUCGGAAAUUUUGAUUUAAUUAAGCAUAAGGAUCUUUCAGGGCCUUGCAGAUUGAAAGCAAUUGUGCGGCUAAAUGGUCUGAAGAUAAGUAAUACAGUGAAUGUUUAUGUGGCAGAUUACUCUAAGCCCAAGUUCCAUGUGAACAUUGAGGCGCCUUCAAAAGUUUCGAUAAGAGACAAAAUCGUGGAGAUAAUUGUUCGUGCUAGGUACUUUAACGGAAAGCCAUUGGAGGCAGGACGAGUAGAGCUCAGACCAGUGUUGGAUCGUUUAUCCGCUUUAGCCAAAUCGAGCUUUGCUGUCAUGAUUAAAGGCAGAGCAACUGCUUAUCUAUAUCUUGAGCCAUAUCGGCAUCAACUGCUCAAUAGUCCAGUUAAAGAAAUAAAGUUUAUUGUGACGGUAGAUGAUGCCUUAACACAAGAGCAUGUUCUGGUAAAUGGCAGAAUGAUCCUGCAUAAUAACACCUACGAGAUAGCGUGCUAUGGCGAUUCUUUAUGUGACGUAUUCAUCGCUGGCGAGGAAACGGAGAUCACUUUUAAGAUCAACCAUAUAAACGGAACAAAACAGACAAUUCCAAAUAAAAUAGUUAAGGCUGUAUUUCGUUAUAGAAAGAAGCUAGUCGUUUUUAAAAGUCAGCUCAAUUCGGAUAGUACAGUUUCAUUUAAAAUUAGAUUGCCACCUCCACAAAAUAGUGAUGUACAGCUCGAUAUCGAUUACGAUGGCGAAGUGCAGGUGUUUAAAGAAGUCAAUAUAAUUCAGGAUAGCUCCGAAGUACAAAUCACUGCAAAUGUAUCCGAGUCUGCGGAGGAAGGGGAGGAGCACCUUUCUAAAGAUUUGGAUCAAGGGAUCGCUGCAUCCCGCAAUAAUUCGCGAGAGUAUCAUGUAAGAAUUGAGGCGCCACCGAAAAUAUCAAUAAAAGAUGAGAAUAUGGAAGUAUUUGUUUAUGCUAGGUAUACCAAUGGCCGUCCUGUAGUUGGUAAGGUCGAGCUUCAGCCAGAUUUGCCGACCGACCACAAAAAGCAGUCAAGCUUUGCCAACUUAGUCAACGGAAAGGCAAAGCUUAACCUAAAUCUUAAGCAAUACGCGAAGGAAUUGGAGCAUCAGCAGCAAAAAAGAGUGUCAUUUAUGGCUAUUGUCGAUAAUACGGACACUGGUGAUCAGAUCAUUGAAAUGGGCAGCACUUCUCUCUACUCCUAUCGCUACAAAAUAUGUUGCGUUAGCGAACGCGGAACCCCCUGUACAAAAUUCUUCUACCCCAAGGUAAACAAGAUCGCCUUCAACAUUACUUAUGUCAAUGGAUCAAAGCCGUGGGACACCAAAAAGUUAUUAAGGGCCUUGUUCGAGCCGCUGGAUAGUGGUAUGCCAAAGAAGACGUUAAAAUUUGAGGGUCACACCAAUAAUGAGAGUAUAUUGUGGAUGAAAAUCGUGCUGCCAUCCCAGACAGGACACUAUCAUCUGAAGUUGAUUUAUGCUGAUGAAGAGCGUGAUUUUGGCAAAGUUUUGUCCGAAGAACACCACAUAUUUAAGGUGCAGAUGAAUUAUCCGAAAAAGAUGCCUGCCUUAGCUUUGGGACAAAAGCAUAAGAUAACACUGAUCUCAGAAGACUCCUUCAGCUUUUUAUUCUACCACAUCAUUGGUUGGGGCAAAAUACUGAUUACAAAGCGCGUCGAGCUCGCAACGCCAACAAAGACCUACAAUAUAACCAUAACACCAACUAUUGAUCUGGUAUAUUCCGGUAAAAUCUACAUCUACUAUGUGAACGCAGCUGGAAAGUUUCGGUCUGUGGAGCAGAAUAUCGUAGUAAACACGGAAUUGGAGAACAAAAUCAAUAUAACGGCACCGCCUAAGGUAUUACCAGGAGCUAAGGUUGAUCUGCAGAUUAGGACAGCUCCCCACUCAUUUGUUGGCUUGAUUGCUGUUGAUGAACGCGUGCUGUAUCCUGGAGGGGGCCAGGACUUGGAUUGGCGUCACUUGCUCUCCAAUAAAUACGGCCUUUGGAAAAUGUCACCACACAUCGUGACACUGACAAAUGCUAACUAUACCCCUAAAUAUAACGGCACACACGAACGCUUUUCAGGACGAAGUUUUAUCGGUUUUCGUAAACCGCGCACUCAUCAUUCGAAUGAUAAUGACGAUAAGUUCCAUUUGAGCUUGGCAGAUACCUUGUUAUUCGUCAGCUUCGAGAACAGUUCCUCAGAAGUAUUUACGUAUACGAAAAUUCUGCCCGACAGAGCUACUAACUGGAUACUAAGUGCAUUCAGCUUGCAUCCGCAAAAGGGUUUGGGCGUUCUAGGCCCACCAACCACAAUUAGGGCUUUUCGUUCCUUCUUUGUUUCAGCGGACUUGCCCGAUUCAGUAAUGCUGGGGGAAAUCAUAACCGUACCCGCUGUGGUUUCUAACUAUCUACCUAAGAACUUAGAUGUGCAGGUUACUUUGUUGAUUCUCGAUGGCGAAUUCGAAUUUGUGGAUUCCUCGAACGCAUCCAUCAUAGGAGAGAACCGUACACAAACCGUCAACGUACUGUCCAACGAAUCGGAAAUGGUGUCCUUUCUGCUACGACCAAGGCGGCUGGGCAACCUGACUUUCCAAUUAACAGCCUCCUCAAUAAUGGCAGAACACAAGCACCUGAAGACUAUCAAGGUCGUUGCUGAGGGCGUUCGGGAUUUCAGAAAUCUCGCCAUUUUUGUAGAUCUCGCACAAAACGAUUCCAUUGAUCAUACAUUUAUGGUGGAAUUACCCAGGGACUAUGUAACGGGUUCGGCACAGAUUGAAUUGGCCGUAGGUCCAAAUAUAUUGGGCCCGGUCUUUGAGAAUCUGGAGAACCUACUGCACGUUCAAAAAAGCGGUGCUGACCACAUUUUGUCUGUAAUGGUGUCCAACUAUUUGGCGUAUAAUUAUCUGCAAUCCAUUAAGAAAUUGUCGCCGGAUAUAAAAGCACGUAUAAUUAAGAAUCUAAGGAAUAAUCUGAACCUAAUGUUACGGAAUUAUGGCUGUCGAGACGGUGGCAUAAAAUUAUUCGAGGAGUCGCGGAAUUGUUCUACUUGGUUGACAGCAUAUGCGCUACGCUUGCUAAGUGAAAUGUCCUCGCUGGUGCAGAUCGAUAAUGAUCUGCAGGACGCUUGGCAGAAAUUUGUAUUAGACAAGCAGCAAUCUGGUGGAAAUUUCAUUGAUCGCUCGGCUGUUCUUUUCGAUUAUCAAAAUUCCCGACUGGCAUUGACGGCUGACUCACUAUUAGCUUUGUUGGCGAAAAAGAAACCGGACCCGGCGACAGCAAUGGCUAUCAAGCAAGCGAUUUCAUAUUUAAACAGUGAAGUAAAUGGGGAACAGGAUGCACUUUCUAAGGUUCUGGCCUCAUACGCGCUACAGAAAGCGGACUCUACCUUCUAUGUAAGUGAUCGCUACAUCAGGGACUUGAUCGAAUUUCUUCAGAAUAAAUACGAUACAGAGCAUUGGUGGGAAGUCGAUGUGAAGGUCACAUCCUAUAUGCUGCUCCUCAUACUAGAUGUUUGGCAACCCAGAAAAGUGUCAGAUGUUGUUGACUGGCUAGUGGCGCAACGGAACAGCCUUGGAGGAUUCGGUUCCACAAUGGAUACAGUCUUGGGCCUUCAAGCUCUGAUCAAGUUCGCUGAAAAAAUUGGCUACAGUGAAGUCUUGUGGGAUAUAACCGUGACUGUGCAUAGUAAAGAUACUGAUCAGCUCCAGAACAGCAAGAUUAUCAAACAAUUUAGGAAUAACGACCUGCAGAUGCAACGCUUCAAGUUGCCUCAAUCAACCGCAUCGAUAAACAUUUAUAUCCGGGGCUCUGGCGCAUCUAUGGUUCAAUUAUCAUAUCAGUACAAUGAUAUCUCUAUAGUGUCCGAUAGUUUUCAAACAAGAGACUAUUUAUGUCCCUUAAACGGACCAAACAGGAUGUUGCUGAAGGUAUGCAUGGAUCUUAAAAACAAAGAAAUCCUGGCUUUGGCAACACUGAAGAUAUCAAUACCCUCCGGCUAUACAAUCGGCGAUCAUACAUCUGAGAUCGUAAAUCAAUUUAACGAGAUGCCUAUGGUAGUAUUCCAUAUUUUAGAGCUAGACAAAUAUGUGACUGUGUGCAGGAAUAUUUCACUAUACAAGAUGUACGAUGUUGUUGGCCAGAAACCCGUACCCAUUGUAAUCUUCGAUUACAGUGACACAAAACGAAAUCAUGUCAAAUACUAUGAAAUCGAGUCAGAGCCUUCAGCGUUAUAUGAUGCUAACGUUUGCAAAACUAAAAACGAACAGCAUUAUAAUCCCGAACCCACAACCGAAGACAGUGAAUCUAUUGAGAAUUAAUUGAAUUGUAAUCCUCAAAAAUUUGUGGAACUACUGUAAAGCCAGAAAAAUAAAUUACGGAAACUUGAAAA